AUGCGUGCACGGGCAUCAUCAUCGCUGAUCCCAGCGCUGGAUCACUUGAUCUUGCUGGUCAACGAUCCGCCCAAGGCAUCCUCUCAACGAACCUCAGCCCUCGAACGAUCCAUCCUAGUCUUCUCGGAGCUUGGCUUUCAGGUCAGCCGUGGAGGUCUGCACGCCGACGGUCUCACAAGCAAUGCCCUCAUCGUCUUUCCCGACGGAGUGUACAUCGAGCUCAUCCAAUUCGAGCCGACACCAGCACCCGAGUCAGGCGAAAACCAGCAAGACUUUGAGGCGCGGAGAAGGAAGCACUGGUGGUAUCACUGUGCACCCGGCUGGAUCGAUUGGUGUCUGCAGGAUGGAAUCUCCGAUGGACUGAUCGAGAGCAUCAAUGACAAUGCGAAACGGCUGCGGGAGAGCGCUCUCCAGGAGCUGCAGAGCAAUGAGGGGGAGGAGGGUGGGGCCAAGGUCGUCGCUCCAAGGCUUUUGUACAGUGCUCCACAGGAAGGCGGCAGGACCACAACGAGGGGCGACGAGAUCAAGUGGAAGGUCUCCUUUCCGACCCCGCCGUCUGGCAAGCAGGCUGCAUCACCUUUGCCCAUCGGCAACGAGAGGUCAGCAGUGCCGUUCUGGUGCGCCGAUCUCACGCCGCGAGACCUCCGCGUGCCGCCCACCUACGCCCACCACCACAAUGGCUCUCAAGGGAUCGCCGAGAUCACCUUGCUCUAUGCCAAGGACACAGUCACGUCCUACCUUGACGUAAGCCUCGCUCUCAACCAGCCCGUACAACCCGAUACUCUCCCCAUCACAACCGACUUUCAGCUUGUCCCCAACCAAAUCCCUCACCGUCUCCUCUCGACCCUCUCUUCCGCACACAAGCCAGACGCCAUAGCUGCAGAAGGCAUCACUACUAGCUCGCACCACGAUGCAAGUGCGAUCUCUGCCGGCGGAGGGAAGCUCAUUCGAGCCAUCAUCAAGGUGGCAGAGGAUCCGGAGGACGAGAAAUGGGUUCAGGAGCACGGCGAGGGCUUGUACGAAGUCAGCGUGUACGUGGCCGCAGACAAGCUGCCCGCUAGUGCACCGCCUGACGGCAUUGAAAGGACUACUUUCGAAGCUGGCUUUGGCAGGAUCAGACUCAGUCCCAUACUUCACUAG